AGACAGCAGUGUAUGUCUUGUCUCCUCAGUGUGCUGUGUGCUUGGGAGGGAGGACCGCUGUGAGACAGGAUGGAGGACAGCUGCUGUGGACUCUCUGCACCAGCUGCUUCACUGACUAUGUUUUCUGGAAGUUCUGCGCAUCUUUUGACAAAAACUGGACAGUCGGGGGACUGACAGACAAACCUCCGGGUGGUUUCAUGCACAUUUACGUCUGAAACGUGUGAAAGUUUACAGCAUGAAGAGAGUGCUGUACAACUCCACCAGCAGCUGAUCGGGAGCUGGAUUCGGUUUGACGUGGAUUGAACGCCAGAAUUGAUUAUUUUUCCACAAACCGCGGAUUGUCAGUGGGCUGUAUGGUUGAAGAAACGGACUGAACACGAUGCGAACCCGAUUUCCAAGCGCUGCUGUUCCCCCUGAACAUGUUCCCGCUCGCACACACCGACCCACCGACCGACGCUAACCGCACCUGGAGCUCUGAGUCCGCCUUAAACAUGUUCAUCCUGUGGGUUCCGCUGAGUUUGUUCCUCAGUUUCAUCAUAUCUCAGACGUGGAGCGUUCAGAUGUCGUGGGAAAACUGGAACGCAGAAUUGCGCAACCGGGGGAAUGAGUUCGAUAAAACAAGCUCUCCACCGCACAUCGUUUUCAUCCUGGUGGAUGAUCAGGGCUUCCGGGAUGUCGGGUACCACGGCUCCGAGAUCAAGACCCCGACUCUGGACCGGCUGGCUGCGCAGGGAGUCAAACUGGAGAAUUACUAUGUGCAGCCGCUGUGCAGCCCGUCCAGGAGCCAGCUCAUGACCGGCAGGUAUCAGAUCCACACAGGCCUUCAACACUCCAUCAUCCGAGCUACUCAGCCCAACUGCCUGCCCUUGGAAAAUGUCACUCUGCCCCAGAAGCUCAAACAAGCAGGCUACUCCACUCACAUGGUGGGCAAGUGGCACCUGGGCUUCUACAAGCGUGGCUGCCUGCCCACGCAGCGUGGCUUUGACACUUUCUUUGGCUCCCUGCUGGGAAGCGGGGACUACUAUAGUCAUUAUAAAUGUGAGGGGCCCGGUAUGUGUGGCUAUGAUUUGUAUGAAGGGGAGGAGGCCGCUUGGGAACAGGACCGCGGCCUGUACUCAACUGUGAUGUUUACUCGAAAGGCUAUCAGCAUCUUAGCCAAUCACAACCCUCGCAGACAGCCCUUGUUUCUCUACUUGGCCUAUCAGGCAGUUCAUUCCCCACUGCAGGUUCCUGCACGAUACCUCGAGCGCUACAAGGCCAUUCCAAACUUGCAUCGUCGUAAAUAUGCUGCCAUGGUGUCCUGCCUGGACGAAGCUAUCCACAACCUCACGGUAGCACUAAAACGCUACGGGUAUUAUGACAACACAGUUAUAGUGUACUCCUCAGAUAACGGAGGCCAGCCGUUAGCAGGUGGAAGCAACUGGCCCUUGAGGGGGAGUAAAGCCACCUACUGGGAAGGAGGAAUUCGGGCAGUAGGCUUUGUUCACAGUCCCUUGUUGGUAAACAAAGGGACGAAAUGUCGGACUUUGGUCCACAUCACUGACUGGUUCCCUACGCUGGUGACCCUGGGUGAAGGGACUUUGGAUGAAGAUCUAAAUCUGGACGGGUACGACGUCUGGGAGGCUAUCAGUGAAGGCCGUCCAUCUCCUCGCCAGGACAUCCUUCACAACAUUGACCCAAUCUACAUCAAAGCCAAGAACGGUUCAUGGAAGGCCGGGUAUGGCCUAUGGAACACGGCCAUCCGGGCUGCGCUCCGGGUGGGCCACUGGAAGCUCCUGACAGGUGUCCCCGGCUACAGCGACUGGGUGCCCCCGCAGACCUUCUCCAAUCAGCGGCUAACCAAUCGCUGGCAUAAUGAGCGUGUCCGUUGGGACCGGGGUAAGUCCAUCUGGCUGUUCAACAUCACAGCCGACCCUUACGAGAGAGUGGACUUGUCCCAGCGCUACCCACACAUAGUGAAGAAGAUGUUAAUACGGUUAGCGCAGUACAACAGGACUGCAGUGCCAGUACGCUACCCAGCUAAAGACCUGCGCUCGAACCCUCAGUACAAUGGGGGCGUGUGGGGACCCUGGUACAAAGACGAGAGGAAGGAGCAGGAGGAGGAUGAGAGAUACAAUAACUUGUUCACCAACCAUCUUGGAAAAAGAAGGUGGAAUAAGAAAUCAAAGAACAGAAAGUUGAAAAGGAAGGUAGAGGAGUAGCUUCCCACAUUUGUGAAAGACUUGAGUUGCCUUUUCUCAGGGAUUGACACUUCCUGUUUCAGGAUUGUCCUCUUCAGCCAUUCUAACUUGACUCCACUACAUACUGUAAUGUUUGAAAAGCCUCAAGAGAAUAAGAAAAAGAUGCUCUCAUUCAAACACUACUGUCAUGCCCAGACACAAUGAAGACCUCAUGUUAAUGUUAGGGGCAUUUAAAGAAUGUUUCUUUCUCUAGAUUAUGUUGCAUGCGUGAACUGUUGUCACCUUUGGAGUGUUCUGUAGAUAAAUGUUUCACUUAAGAGUAGAAAAUAAAUCUUCUUAGACAGUUGCCAUAAAUUUUGGUGACAGAGAAAUAAAGUAAGACAAAGUUCUAUGAUGUUAUUGAUUGCAAUGAUACAGUAUUGUGGAAACGGACGUAGGACUAAUGUGAUGUGUGAGUUGACGUAUGUUGGUUUUAUAAGCACAGUCUGUCUAACAUAAUAGAUUUUGUUUCCCCUUUAGAUGAUGUCUGGUCUGGCACCAGGCCAACCCGAAUGUAAGACAAACUAACAAAAUAAAAG